AUGGACCCAGCAGAAAAAAGCUGUCUUGUCGCCCGAGAUGGCAGCAUCAAGGGAUUCUGGGAAGGCAUCGCCCUAGGACGUGUGAAAGAGGAGCCAGACGAAGGGCUGCAGCAGAGGUGGGAAGCCCAAUGGCAGCUUAUUGGAUACGAGGUCCCCCAGCUCCUGUUUGGUUCCCUCAAGGAGACUCAACAGCCCGAAGAUGCUUUGUUGGCCAAAGACAAGGCAGCCUGUAGAAAAAUAAAGGAUGAGUUCCCAGUUGGGGAAGAAUACGAGGAAGUGAUCCUGAGAGACGACACUGUCGCCUGGGACGCAGAGCGCCAAAGGUUCCGGGAGCAGAUCCUGGAGCAGCUGAUCCUGGAGCAGUUCCUGGCCAUCCUGCCCCCGGAGAUGCAGAGCUGGGUGAAGGCACAUUGCCCAGACAGCUGUCCUCAGGCGGUGGCUCUAGCGGAGGGUUUUCUGGUCAUCCAGAAGCAAGAGGAUGAUGAUGAUGAGGUGCCAGGGCCACUCCAGAAGGAGGCGGGCGAUUUCCCCAAGGUCGAGGGGCCUCUGUGGGACUCCAGCAAAUGUCCGCUUUUUAGAGAGAUCAAGCAGGAGAGUGACAGCAAUCCCACCGCGCCAGGCUCAUGUACAUCUGAAGGGGAGGAAUUCGUGGAGCUGCUCUCUGGCAAGAGAGGCUUAGCAAUCAAGACAGGUGGUGAUGAGGAAAUGGGUGGGGAGAAGGACAACCAGGGAGGAAAUUCUGUGGAAGCAGAACCACCCUGGAUGCUUUCAGAAGAGGCCGAGCCUGGGAACUCUGGAGACUCCUCGGAGGACUUCCCACGAAAGCGCAAGGAGGGACUGAUUGAUUUUCAGAGGUGCAGCAGGGGACUCGACAAAGAGACGGACCAACCCUGGAUCCUUGCGGGCGAGCCAGAAAAAAUACACCAUCAGUGUGGAGAAGUCUUUCAGUCCUGGCCUCAGUUCGCUGACCACCAGCGAAGAUGUACAGAGGAGUCAGCGUAUGAGCAUUUAGCCUGUUCGGAAAGCUUUAGAAGUGGCAGUACCCUUGUUCCUCACGUAGGAGACAAGCCCUACAUCUGCUCGGCCUGUGGGAAGAGCUUCACUGACCACACUGUCCUCGUUGCUCACGAGAGAACUCACAGGUCCGAGACCCCGUUUAAACCCACGGACGCCGAACCCCCUUUCCCUCACGACUCGUUGCCAAUCAAGGAUAAGAGAGCACCCCUGGGAGAGAGACCGUAUAAAUGCAGUGAUUGCGAGAAAUCGUUUGGGACCAGGGCAAUCCUGAGCAGCCACAAGAGGACCCACACAGGGGAGAAACCGUACCACUGCCCCGACUGCGGGAAAUGCUUCGGCAUGACUUCGGCCCUCAUCAGACACAAGCGAACCCAUACGGGGGAGAAACCGUACAAAUGCUUGGAAUGUGGGCGAUGCUUUGGAGACCGAUCCGGGUUCAACAUGCACGUGCGCAUCCACACGGGAGAGAAGCUCUACCGGUGUCUGGACUGCGGGAAAAGCUUUGGGCGGCAAGCCCACCUGGCCGACCAUGAGAGAAUCCACACAGGUGAGAAGCCCUACCAGUGCCCGGAGUGUGAGAAGCGCUUCAGCAGCUUGUCAAUCCUCAUCAAGCACAAGAGGACCCACACGGGCGAGAAGCCCUACCGGUGCUCGUUCUGCGGGAAAAGCUUUGGCCAGAGUUCGAGCUGCAUGAAACAUGAACGCACCCACACGGGAGAGAAGCCGUACAAAUGCUCCUACUGCGGGCAAAACUUCAGCCAGAACUCGAGCUGCCUGAGGCACGAGAGGACCCACUCCGGGGAGAAGUCUUUCAAAUGA